GCCCCGUUAGAGCUUUGCCAUCAAUCGUGAACUCGGAGCGUCCGUCCUAAGCUAACUAACUCUGCAGCCUCCCUCACUCCCCCAAACAACCGGAGGUGGCGACACCCGAUCCAGCGCACAAACACGGGUCUCCUCUGUCCCCGGAUACAGUUACGCGGCAGACACGCACUCACUCAGACUCACGCGCAGCAGCCAAGAGCCGAGGUAAGCGAAGGGACCACGCCGCUCCAGCGGAUGAAGGGGGGCGGGCCGGGAGGAGGAGACGGGCGUUGUUUGCUGGAGGCUACCUGCUCUGAUCCAUUGAUUUUAAACUAGGAUUUUUGGCUAUGAGGUCUUACACUUCGUAUUUCAUGCUCCUAUGGAGUGCUGUCGGGAUAGUGGAGGCUGCCAAAAUCAUCAUCGUGCCGCCAAUUAUGUUUGAAAGCCAUAUGUACAUUUUCAAGACACUAGCCUCAGCCUUACAUGAGAGAGGCCACCAUACAGUGUUCCUCCUCUCAGAAGGACGGGACAUCGCGCCAUCUAAUCACUACAGCCUCCAGCGCUACCCAGGGAUAUUUAACAGUACCACCUCAGAUGCUUUCCUGCAGUCCAAAAUGCGGAAUAUUUUCUCUGGGAGACUGACAGCAGUCGAACUGUUUGACAUACUGGAUCACUACACAAAGAACUGCGAUAUGAUGGUUGGCAACCGUGCCCUGAUCGAGGGUCUGAAAAAGGAAGAGUUUGAUCUGCUGCUGGUGGACCCUAAUGACAUGUGUGGAUUUCUGAUAGCUCACCUUUUAGGGGUUAAAUAUGCUGUAUUUUCGACUGGCCUUUGGUAUCCUGCUGAAGUGGGUGCUCCUGCCCCAUUAGCUUAUGUCCCAGAGUUUAACUCACUCCUCACAGACCACAUGAACUUGCUGCAAAGGAUGAAAAACACCGGCGUUUACCUCAUUUCCAGACUAGGGGUCAGCUUUCUGGUUCUCCCCAAAUAUGAAAGGAUAAUGCAGAAGUACAACCUGCUGCCGGAGAAGUCCAUGUAUGAUUUGGUCCAUGGCUCCAGCCUGUGGAUGCUGUGUACUGAUGUAGCACUGGAGUUUCCAAGACCCACUCUGCCUAAUGUUGUUUAUGUGGGAGGAAUCCUAACCAAGCCAGCUAGCCCACUGCCAGAAGAUCUCCAAAGGUGGGUAAACGGUGCUAAUGAACAUGGUUUUGUCCUGGUGUCUUUCGGAGCGGGUGUCAAGUAUCUGUCUGAAGACAUUGCUAACAAACUGGCUGGCGCUCUGGGAAGACUGCCCCAAAAGGUGAUUUGGAGGUUUUCUGGAACCAAACCAAAGAAUCUAGGAAACAACACUAAGCUCAUAGAAUGGUUACCACAAAAUGACCUGCUUGGGCAUUCAAAUAUAAAAGCCUUCCUGAGCCAUGGUGGUUUGAAUAGUAUUUUUGAAACAAUGUAUCACGGUGUGCCUGUAGUGGGAAUCCCACUCUUUGGAGACCACUAUGAUACGAUGACACGGGUACAGGCAAAAGGCAUGGGCAUAUUGCUGGAAUGGAAGACCAUUACUGAAGGAGAGCUGUAUGAAGCACUGGUGAAAGUUAUCAACAAUCCAAGCUACCGACAGAGGGCCCAGAAGCUUUCAGAAAUCCACAGGGAUCAGCCUGGCCACCCUGUCAAUCGGACUGUCUACUGGAUAGAUUAUAUUCUUCGUCACGAUGGAGCCCAUCACCUACGUGCCGCUGUCUAUCAGAUCUCCUUCUGCCAGUACUUUUUACUGGAUAUUGCCUUUGUGCUUUUGCUUGGUGCUGCCUUGUUUUACAUCUUCUUGUCCUGGGUGACAAAAUUUAUCUACAGAAAAAUCAAAAGUUUGUGGUCUAAAAAUAAGCACAGCACAGUUAACGGACAUUACCAUAACGGAAUCCUCAAUGGCAAGUACAAAAGAAAUGGUCAUAUUAAACAUGAAAAGAAGGUAAAAUGAGCCAACAGCCCAUGUGAUAGGAACAAAUCUGUUCAGUCAUUGAAUUGUUAUUGCUAUAAUUUAGUCUAACAAUCACUAAGGUAAAACAUCAGUAAACAAUUCUAAUACUUCCUUAUCUGAUCUUACUAACAAAAUUCUGUGGAAUUAAGAUGGCUGUAAAAAGCACAAACCUAAAAUGCAAAAAUGUAUUUUAUUCAAAUACUGAUACAGAGAGUUUUCGCACUGAACCUUUUAGAAGCCUUAAUUAUUUAAAUCAAUUAAGUGACCAUGUCAGACCUUAGUUUUAAAUCUUGAUAUGUGUGUGUCCCAGAUAAGUAAUAGUUUCUUUUCUCUUUAAAAGGUUUGCUUAUGUGUGUGUGUGUGUAUGUGCGUGUAUUCCCUAUCUAAGAGAAUUUUUAGCUGGCUGCUUGUUACAUUUGCUGAAGGUACAACAACAUAUUCAGGAAGGAAGUACAAAGAUGGGAUUCAAAUGUUUCUCUUCUAGAAUGUAACAUAUGUGAACUCAGAACACCACCAACACUUUCCCCUCAAAACUGAAUGCAGAGGAAGAAAAUGAAAAGAUAAAUGGCACCAUUUUUUGUAAUUUUUUUGGCUUUGUUUUAAUUUUUUGUCAAGUUUUUUUUUUCUUUUCGUACAGACUCUGGACACUUCUAUGGGGAAAACCAUAGGCAUAAGUAAAUGUAUAAAUUGGCUGUCAUAUUUUACUUUUAUUUUCUCCCUAACAAUAAUUUGACCCUGGAAAAAAAUUUUCGAUUUUUUUUCUAUUUCAUUUUAAUGAGUCACAUUAUGUUAAAUGCACAAUUAAGACAAAGCAACAAAGCUGACUUUUAUUCAGAGUACUGGAGAUAAUUACUUAUAGGGCAUCGUUAAAGAGGGCCAUUAUUUGAAUGUUUUUGUAAUUGUUUGAUGGCUUGUCUAUAGUGUAAUUUUGAACAUUAGGUGUUCUCUUUCCAAAGUUUUAACUUUAAAAACCAUCUUCUUCAUCCCUUUGGUUGUCUGGGGCACACAAUCUUUAUUACAUAGGUGCCAACAUUUAAUUCUUUUAAAGGGAACAUUUGCAUUUCUUCAUAUGGUACCUGCUUUGUCUGAGAGGUUUGAGAUUUAACAAAUCAAACUUUAUGUGAUAUACAGAAGGGACAGAGAAAUUACACCACUUGUUUGUGAAAAUGAGUUCCUACUUCCCUCCUCACUCAGACUACAUACCCCUCAGCAGCCUUUUCCAGUUAUUGUGGCUGACAUGGAGCCAGGACAGUAUUCAUCUGAGACUAGGGAUGCAAGUCACAGACAUCAUAAAAUCAGGACCUCCCAGCUGAACCAUUCAUUAGUUGGCAACUAUGAGUUUAUUCCAUGUCAUUCUGUUUACUUGGCAUUUGCACUACACAUAUUGAGUGUAUGCUUUAUUUAUUCGUAGUUUGAAAUCCUGUGUCUGACAGCUUAGAGUAGGAAAAUACAACAUUUACCUAAUGACAUUCACUAACAUGGGAAGAGUUGUGAAAAUUCUAGAAUGCUGUAAAUCCUUGUCAUACACCAUGACAUACAACUUCAUUACACUCCCACCAGGAGCCAUUCUCCUAGACUUAGAAAUAAUGUCACAAGUAAGUUUCUAAUGUACAACGCAGACAAAUGUACUGCUCUCUGAAUACUUGAAGAAAUGGUGUUAUACAUAUAAGCCUAUUAUACCUUUUCACAAUCUUUUAGUGUUGCUGAUAAAAGGGAAAAAAAGAUGCAGGCAAUGAAUGGUGGGAUGGUAACAGGACUUAGAGUGUAUGAAUGAGCUGAUUUUACAUUUUUGGAAUUGGAUGAAGUUGACAGUAAGCACUCACUGGAUGAUUAAGCAUAAAUUAAUCUCCACUGUGAUAAAAACUUAAUAAACAUCAUUUAAAAAUAGAGAAAUGUUGGAAUAAAAUUUUUAUUCAGACUUUAUUUCAAGCUAUUAUGUAUGUCCAAUAUAAACAUGUUUCUAAGAUAAUUCUCCCAACUUUUAUAUGUGUAUAUGAGUAUGAAAACAGUGUGUUAUAUGUGAGAAUGUUUUUUUUUACUAUUAUUAAACAGAGGGAUUUACAUCAACAUGGAUCUUAAAAUUGUCCCAUAAUUAAGAAUGUUGAGUGUAGGUUUUUACUGAUCAUUGUUGUUUUUUCCUAGUAAGCUGAUUGUUAGCCAGUUUUGGUAAAUAGAAUGAUUUAAAAUUUUCCACACUUGGGCUAAAUUCUCUAAUAAAGUAAAGUUUUCAAGAA